AUUCUUAGAAGCACGUAUCACCUCAUCGAGAGCCUAUUGAAUGUAGUAGUGGUGCGAUGAAGUGUUUUAUAAUAAGCGAACUAACUCCUGCUGCAGUGACGGAAGGCUUACCCAUAACACCGUGCCUAUCUUAAGUUGCGCACAGGUUAUUAAAACCAGUGGGCCGCGGAUGCAUAGAUCAGUGUGAUACCAGUGCUCGUGGCGGACGCUCUCAAGUAACCGAAGUCCCCAAACGACGCAACACGGACCAGUAGUGACCUGCAUACCUGUAAUUGAGAGCAAGAUGCGGCUGUCUCUCCGGUUGGUGGUGGCGCUGGCAGCACUAAGCAUGCUGUUCCAGUUCUGCCUCUCCACACCUCUGUAUCAAGUCAGGAGGUUCAAGAAGACGUCGAAUGAAGAGCAGACACAAAAUUAUUGGAAGAGGAUAGCUGAUGAAGAGCUGAACCGCGCCAUCAGGAUGAAGCACAACACUAACGUGGCCAAGAACGUGAUCCUAUUCCUGGGUGACGGCAUGAGCAUUCCCACCAUCACGGCGGGCAGGAUCUACAAGGGGCAGCAGUUCUCACACAGCGGGGAGGAAGGCUGGCUCAACUUUGAACAAUUUCCGCACGUUGGACUAGUGAAGACCUACAACGUUAACAAGCAAGUCUCUGACAGCGCCAGCACUGCCACAGCCUACCUCGGGGGCGUCAAGACCAACUACAAGACCCUGGGCGUGGACGCGUCAGCCAUCUACCAGAAAUGCCACACCGUCACGGAAGAUAACAAGGUGUACUCAAUUGUCAAGUGGGCUCAGGAUGCCGGCAAAAAGACAGGUGUGGUGACGUCUACGAGGAUAACACACGCCACGCCAGCCGGGACCUACGCUCACGUUGCAGAUCGAGACUGGGAGUGUGACGGUAACCUUCCCGAGGGCUGCGAUUCCAUAAAGGACAUCGCUAGACAGCUGGUGGAGGACGAACCUGGCUCCUUGAUAAACGUGUUGAUGGGUGGUGGGUACCAGAGUCUGAACUCCGACGCUAUAGGAACGGAAGAUGACCCUCUUGAUGACCUAUACGGUUGCACCCGCCUCGAUGGAAGGAAUCUUACCGAAGAUUGGGUUAAUGCGAAGAAGAAUAGCGGUGUUAAGUACGCCUUCGUCAGGAACAAGACACAGCUACUGACUGUGGACACCAACAAUGUGGAUUAUCUUUUGGGGAUCUUUGCGAAUGGCCACUUGCAGUAUGAGCACGAAAAGAGGGAUAAGAACCUGAACGUUCCAACUCUGGCCAACAUGACCAAGGCGGCACUGGAGAUAUUGGGAAAGGGGCCCGAAGGCUACUUCCUGCUGGUGGAGGGUGGAAGGAUCGACCACGCCCACCACGACACCAUGGCACAUCGCGCUCUGGAUGAGCUGGUUGCCAUGGACGACGCUAUUGGGGUGGCAAUGCAGAUGACUGAUGAGAAAAACACCCUCAUUGUAGUGACGGCUGACCAUGCCCACACCAUGUCUUUUAGUGGUUAUCCACAACGUGGCCAGGAAAUUAUUGGACUAGCAGGCCUGGAUGAGGAAGGUGUUGGUUACACCACCCUCAUGUAUGCCAAUGGGCCAGGGUACAACAAUACGCGACCUAACAUUACUGCAGAGGAUACCAGAGACUGGGAGUACACACAAUUGGCAACUGUCCCCAGAGACUCUGAAACUCAUGGUGGAGAUGAUGUUGCCAUCUAUGCUAGAGGUCCUAUGGCACACCUCUUCCAUGGACUUCAUGAACAGAACUACAUCCCCUUUAUGAUGGCUUAUACAUCAUGCAUUGGUGAUUAUAAAGAUCACUGUCAUGGUGGGGCAGAGAAAGCUGUACCUGCCCUCACCCUCAUCCUCCUAGCAAUCUCCACCUGGAUGUUAUCUUGAUAUGCCUCAAGUUUUCCAAUUCAGUAUCUAGACUUAAUCAUGAGCCUGCUGUAGAGGGCAUAUUUUGAGGCUGUUUAGCUAGACAACACAGCUGGCAUCCUGAUGUAGUAAUUUGUGACUAAACAUUUCAAGUGUAGGACCUGGUAAUAUGUUUCAGACUUUGAUCAGAUACCAAAGGAUCAGUCACAGCCCUUGGAAAUUGUUACAUGUGAGCAGAGGACUGUAAUUAUUUGUUAAGAGAUCAAUUAUCAAGCAACAAAAACCACAUAGACUUUACAUUCCAAUGAUAAUCCCAUUUCAUUAACAAUUUUCUGCUCUUAAAGAUGAAUUUAAGAAGUAUCUUUUUAUAUCAAAGAUUAGACUGACAUUGUUUUAUGAUAAGGCAUCGAUACAUUUGCACAUCUUUUCAUCCACAAACAUUCCCUACAAUUAAGUUGAAAUCCUCACAGUAAUGAGAUAUUAAGGAUAACAAGACUAUUAUGUAUACUUAUUGCAAACUGAGAGAGAGAGAGAGAGAGAGAGAGAGAGAGAGAGAGAGAGAGAGAGAGAGAGAGAGAGAGAGAGAGAGAGAGAGAUUAACAAGAUGCAAACAACAGAAUCUAACAUUCAAAAUGCAAAUUCUAUAUCAUCACCAUACAUCACUGCAUUAAUCAUAAAUCUGUAUGUAGUAAGUGUAUACAGAAAACAUUGUUUAGUAUGGAAUAAUAAAGUACAUGUAAUGCA